AUGGGCCACGAGAUUACUACAUGUUACGAGCUUGUGGGCUACCCAGGUUCUGGGCCCAAUUCCUCUCGACAGCCGCGUGGUGCCCGAGCCUCCACAGGCCGUGGCCAAGGCCCAUCCAUGUCCAAUGUUGUCGCCUCUCUACCCGCUUCAGCUUCGAAUUCUCCAUCCACUCUGUUCACGGCUGAUCAGUGGAAGGCUCUUGCUGGACUUCUUGGCACUGGUGACUCAUCUUGGUUUUCUGAAUUAAUUGAUAUCGAUCCUUGUCCCGUUGGUCUUCCUAACGGUGAUUCUGCAAUCGCUAUCAAAAAGGGUUUUGUGUGCCUCUCUCUCACUAUCACUCUCUCUAAUGUCCUGUUGGACCCACUGAAGGAGCUGAUUGGAACGGGACGUAGAAAGGAUGGACUUUACUACUUCGACGGCAGCGGUCACAUGUUGCUCCUCUUGUUUCUGCUCAUACUGUCGUUUCUGACUUCGAAUUAUGGUAUCGUCGUAUGGGUCAUCCUUCUGAAAAAGCAUUUGUCUUCUUGUGGUGCUCGUUAUGUUUUAACUAUUGUAAAUGAUUUCUCUAGAUCUGUUUGGAUAUAUUUAAUGGAAGAUAAGACCGAAGUUUUUCGAAUGUUCAUGAAUUUUGUUGCCAUGGCUGAUCGUCAAUUUUCUUCUACCAUUAAAAUUGUUCAAAGUGAUAAUGGUGAUAAAUUUGCUAAUAGAAGUCGAAAAUGUGUUUUUAUGGGGUAUCCUUUUUGUAAAAAGGGUUGGAAAUUAUUUGAUCUUGACACUAAGGAAUUUUUUGUGUCUCGAGAUGUUAAGCUCUUUGAGGAUGUGUUUUAUUUUCUCACUCCUGAAGAUGUUAAUAUUGAUCCUCAUAAUUCUGAUAUUCCUAUUCACGAUGACUUUGCAUAUCUUGAGUACUAUGCUCCUUCGCCUCCCCAAACUACCCUCCCUCCAAAUGAUCCUCCCCCUACAUCUCAUCCUCAGCCCACCUUUCCUCCUUUUGUGCCUUCGAACCCAGUAAAGUUUCUUGCUGCUGUUCUAACCCAUACAGAACCAAAGUCUUUUAAAGAGGCUAUGAAGAAUGCCAACUGGAAAGCAUCUAUGCAGGAUGAAAUUAAAGCUCUUAAGGAUAACGGCAGUUGGACAUUGGAACCCCUACCUCCUGGUAAGCGGGCUUUGGGGAGUCAGUGGGAAGCAGGUAUUGACUAUAAUGAGACAUUUGCUCCUGUUGCUAAAAUGACCACUAUUCGAGCCUUUCUUGCUAUUGCUGCUUCCAAAAAUUGGGAGCUUCACCAGAUGGAUGUUCAUAAUGCAUUUUUUGCAUGGCGAUUUAGAAGAAGUCUAUAUGAAACUUCCUCCAGGUUUUUCAGGCACUACCUCCAAUCUUGUCAUUCUUCUAUUUCUUGGAAAACCAAGAAACAACAAACGGUUUCUCGUUCUUCCUCUAAGGUCGAGUAUCGUUCUAUGGCUUCUGUUACAUGUGAAUUAAAAUGGUUGAAAAGCUUUCUAUUAAGCUUAGGCGUUAAUCAUCCUAAGGCUAUUCCAUUAUUCUGUGCUCUUCAUAUCGCGCAAAAUCCUGUCUUUCAUGAACGGACCAAACACAUUGAGGUUGACUGUCAUUUCGUUCAUAAUGCUAUUGUUGAUGGUUUGGUUGCUCCUUCUAUGUCUCCACAAAGGCUCAAUUAG